AUGGCAUCUCACUCUCCAUCCCUUCCGUCCCCUCCCAGCUCUCCCCCGGCCUCCUUGUUGAUUGAGACCAUCGACUAUCACACAGGCGAUGCAAUUGCGCAGCCUGUCAACCAGCCAUCUCACGAUCUUCCUACUGCAGUCUCUCCCUUGGCCUCCUCUUUUUCAGACCAUCUUGUUCAAAUUGACGCUCCCUACGACUUCAGUGCACUUGCGCAGUCUGUCGAGGUGCCAUCUCUCGAACUUUCUCGUGAAGCCUCUCCUGCGAUCACUGAUCACACUGUCAUUCCUCACGACUUUGCUGGACCUGCGCAGUCUGAAAGCAGCCAGCCACCUCAGAACCCUGCUUCUGCCACUCUUCCUGCGAUCACUGAUCGCAUUGACAUUGCUCACAACUCCGACCUACCUGCGCAGCCAGCUCGCCGUCAAAGAACUGACCAUCUUCCUCCAACCAUCCUUCCUGCUCUCGACAACUACGAGGAGCAGCACCCGUUUGGAAUCCUCAACUCCGUUCACCUUCGCCUGCGCAUCGGUCGCGACACCAGCCGUGAUCCAAACAUGAUGCCCCCAGCCCCACCUGCGCGUAUCGUCCAGCGCAACGACUUCAAGGGUACGCCACCAAACGGCGACCCCAAGGACAACAUCACCACUGCCACCGGCAACACCCAAGUCCAGGGUGUCACCCGCGAAGACCAGGGAGCCGACAACUUCCUUGGCAACGCGAUGAAGCGGAGCUUCCCUCCCAAGCUCGAGGGCGUCGCCGAGGCGCGCCACAAGAGCGAGGCGAAGACAACCGAGGACCUCGCUGGCCUGAGCCCUGAGCUGGAGGCCGCCGUGCUCGCCAAGCGCGAGUACAUCGAGAAGUUCGACGCGUUCCGCACGCGUUGGACCAAGGUGCAGUUCGCGCUCGCCGACAAGGCCGAGAAGAUGCGCGGCAGGGUCACCGCCGCCGAGCUGCGGCCUGUCGUCGGCGCCAUCGGCACCAUGUUCGCGCUCGGCAAGGCCGUCGACCUUGCUGCCUUCCCGGGCUGCAGCUUCGGGGAGUUCGACGAGAGGGCCUGUAGCCCCUUGAGCUACCUCCCGUCGCUCUUCCCAGAGCUCACCCACCGUCCUCCCCCGGGUCCUGCCGACCCAUUGGGUCAGGCGGAGGAGGUGCUCGCUCCCGUCCUGCCCCUUCAGUGGGACUUCUCCCUCAGCGGCAUCAUGGGGGAGAAGCGGGAUCGGCUGCGGGCCCUCUGGGCUGCUGCCGCGGCCGGCCAGUGGGAGGCGGUGGACGAGAUGACGAGCGCCGCGCUGGCGGCGGCGGAGGAGUUGCUGGGUGGUGUUUAA